GGAAGCAAUAUGAACGGAGCCUUUGAGCUAUAAAAUGCAAACAACUCUAUCGUGACCGCUUUCGAUGCAAUUAACUUUAUCCACCGCAUUCUCAGUAUUGGUCGCACGGCAGACGCACAGGAGUGGCACUGUCAAGCGGAACAUAAGAGAAGUUGACUAGAGCAAGAGAGAGGCUACCAGCUAAACCGUGAGACACUCUUUGCCGUCCUACAGGCAGUUAUCACAGUUUUCCUCCCAGACUGUGCCAGAAACUCUCGCUGCCGUCUUCCAUGGCGUACGCCGCGUACUGGAUGACGCUUAAAGCUGAGGGAUCGCUCACAGGAGCUGAUCGUCAGACUUCUUCAAGUUGCACCACACAGAAAACUGCCUCUGGGUCUCAGUCGCAGCCCAAACAGGCAACCCCCACCUCAGCUGCACAGGUCUCUGUGAAAUAUGAGAAUGCCCAGGCUGUCUCAGGAGGAGCCAGUGCAGCAGGGGGCGCUCCGACACACAAAGGCCCAGUCAAAGCCAUGCCCGAGACAAAGCUUGUGUCUCCCGGUCCAGCUGCAUCUCCAGCCCCGAAGGGCUCCCCGAAAGAUGUCCCCAAGACCAGCGCUACCGUCUCUCACGCCAAAGUAACCCCCAGCCCCACGGCGGCCACAGUAGCCGCAGGAGCAACUAAAGCCAAGACGACCCCGGCACAAGAGACACUCAAGAGUACACCCAUCACUUCAAGCGCGUCCCAGGUAGCGAAGGCGGACGCCCCCUCAGCACCCAAGCCUGCUGCUAAAGGUGGUGUGUCUGCAGGCACUCAGGCAAAGGAUGCCAAGCCAGCAGAGACUAAGGUGCAGAGGGAGGUGGGCCCUCCUAAAGCCCGUGCCAGUGCUCCGGCCUUUGAGGUUGAUCCUUUAGAUGCCCUGGCCGGCACUUUGCCUUCAGAGUCUUUGAGGCCCACUGCUCCCGUAUACACAGGGCCAGAAGUCACAGAGCCUGACGUAACCACAGAGGAGGGUGUAUUAUGUGGGGAGAGAGAUGACACACUUCCACCAGGAUACAGAUGGGGGGACCUGGAGAAGAAGGCCCCUGCUGCUAAACCAGACGUGAAACCCAAGAAGCCCAUGAAUACAGAUGAGGCGUUGGAUUCACUCUCUGCUGGCUUCAUGUCCUCUGCUCCCCCAGCCCCUCAGAAGAAGAAAGACGAGGAUAUAGCAGCCAUUGAUGCCUUGUCAGCCGGCUUCUCAAACUUUGCACCACCACCCCCUGCCUCCACCAAGUCUCCUGCCCCUCCUGCUGAUAAGAAGCCCAAAAUGGCUUCUGAGGACUUCUCUCUGAUGGCAGGACUGAGCUCUCCACCUGCCACUGGCAAACCAAAGACUGAUGAGGGCGGCUUCAUGUCUCUGGAUGCCCUCAGCGCUCUGGAAGACACACUGGCUCCAGCAACACCAGCGCCAGAACCCCCCAAACUCAGACCCGAGGACAUCGUUACGGAGGACAAGCUGAAGUCUAAGAAAGGUGUGAUUGUAGGUGAGAGAGAAGACUCACUCCCCCCUGAGUAUCGCUUUAAAGAGGAGGACCUCAAAAAACUACCAGCCCCUAAACCUGAGCCCUCCAUGGACCCUCUGGAGGCGCUGGACAUCCUGUCUGGUGACUUCAUGACCCCCAGUGCUGCCCCUGCUGUCCACGCCGCCGUCAUCACCCCCUCUGCACCCCCAAAACAGCCUAAAGUAGAGGAGCUGUCAGCUUUGGAUUGCCUGGCAGGAGAUUUUGUUGCUCCCACCCUCGCCCCGUCCAAGAUCUCUGCACCAGCCCCUCCCCCUUAUUCCAAGGCCCCUGCAGCUCCUGCCACUGAUGAGGGCGGCUUCAUGUCUCUGGAUGCCCUCAGCGCUCUGGAAGACACACUGGCUCCAGCAACACCAGCGCCAGAACCCCCCAAACUCAGACCCGAGGACAUCGUUACGGAGGACAAGCUGAAGUCUAAGAAAGGUGUGAUUGUAGGUGAGAGAGAAGACUCACUCCCCCCUGAGUAUCGCUUUAAAGAGGAGGACCUCAAAAAACUACCAGCCCCUAAACCUGAGCCCUCCAUGGACCCUCUGGAGGCGCUGGACAUCCUGUCUGGUGACUUCAUGACCCCCAGUGCUGCCCCUGCUGUCCACGCCCCUGUCAUCACCCCCUCUGCACCCCCACAACAGGCCCCAUCUGACUUUGCGCUGGAUGCUCUGGCUGGGGAUUUUGUCGCUUCUGCUGUGGCUCCCGCAGCCGUUCAGUCCUCAGUGUGUUCAGCAGCUGAGAGACAGUUGUCAUUGGGGACGUGCGAUGCUCUUGAUGCUCUCUCAGACACACUGAUGGACACAACACCAAUUCCUGAGGCCGCCCCCGUCCCAGUUAAAGACAUCGUCAAGGAGAAGACGAUCGAGGAGGAGAGGCUCAUCAAGAUGGGGGAGAGAGAUGACAGUCUGCCCCCAGAGUUCAGGCCAAGCGAGGAGGCCCUGAAGGCGUUACCUAAAGUCCAGCCAGACGUUAGACCCAAGCAGAAGUCCAUGGAUGACUCUGCGGCUCUGGAUAUCUUGUCUGGUGAUUUCUCCAUCUGUCCUGCUGCACCUGCGCCUCCUCCUGCUGCUGCCCCUGUGACGUUUCCUGCAGCUCCAGCUCCAGUGCUAGAUGCCCUGGCGGACUCUCUGAUACCCCAGGCGAUUGCAGAGGUCACACCCAAAGAACAGAAGCCAAAGGCAAAGAGUGGAAAGUCAAAGUCCAAAUCAAAGAAAUCGGCAACAGACGAAUCAUCCGCCCUGGAUCAUUUGUCCGACCAGCUGAGCUCUGAUGUAGUGCCCACAACCCCGACAAAGAAGGGAGGCAAGAGUUAGAGAGCUAAGGAUACCAGUGCACAGCCUCCCCCCGCCAUAAUAAGUUGCAUAUUAAGUCAGCUGAGCUGCAUAGAAUCAUCAGCGUUUUUUCCAUGUCUGUUCUGGACAGAAUACACUGACACAGGAUGAAACCCAUGUACACGCACGCACACACACACACACACACACACACACACACACACACACACACACACACACACACACACACACACACACACACAGGCAAACAGAAUGAAAUAGAAACAGCACAUUCAACCCCACACGCAACAUGAAACACGUCAUGUGAAAGCCACCAACAUGUGCACACCUACACGCAGACACACCUGCGACCACUUGUUCAAACACACUGCGAGAGCUCUGUCUUUCCUGCACGGUUUCACCUCGUACACUCUCACACUCUCGCACUCACUCACACACAUCUCAGCUCCUCUCAUGCAAGGUCUGUGAUUGACAAGCUGCCUAUCCAAUCCUGAGGAAGCCAUGCCUGGACGGUGCAGCUCACAAGGGGGUCUCACAGCUCAACAGCUUGGAGGCUGUCUUCUCAAAUCAUUUCUUGGAGUUUGGUUGCAGCACUGGGGUGUCUAGUUUAUAGGUGUUAAAUACAGGUGUUAAAGCAAUAGGAUAUUGUGUGUGUGAGUUUAUUUGGAGUGAGGGGUUGUGUAUGUGGGUCUAGUGUGUGUGUGUGUGUGUGUAUGUGCGUGUGUGUGUGUACAUGUGUGAGUGUUUUAGGAGGGUGUCAUCAGUCUUGUACACAUACAAAAGUGUUCUAUAUGGAUAUCCGAAUCAGCUGUGCACCUUGAGACACUAGUGUACAGCACUGUGUAGUUUAGUCAAUGUAGUUUACAGCAUUAUAAACAUUUACAAACAAACUGUUUUUCUUUAUCUCAACUCUUCUGUUGGCUUUCAUAGUUUAUGUGAAAAAAAAAAAAGAUAUCUCAAUAUAUAUGUUGUUAAGGAAGGGAUUUUUUUCGUAAUUUUUUCUCAUUAAGUGCACUUAAAAUCCAGAGUCGUCAUAGCCUGUACAGGAAGGCUGCUCCAAGUAUACUGUAAGCAAAAUGGCUUCCAGUGAUGGUGUGACAAUGCACAGGGGUGUUGGGUGUACAGUAUCAAGUUGUCUGACUGGUGGUUUCACGUGCCAAAAGAAUGGAUCAAUCUCAUACAGCUUUGUACCCCUUUUGAAGCAUCACAGGCUCCACAAUCUUUGUAGUCAUUCUAAUGCUUAGGGAGGAGGACCUAGGAUGAAGCUAUCUUAAUAAUGUUUACAUCCUUUUGUAUACCAAGGGGAUUGUGGGAAGUUGAGGUUUUUUUUUUGGUUUUGCUUGAGGUUAACCUCCUCUCCUGUACUCCUGCAAGAGUGGUCAACUUAACAACCAAAGUCCAGUCUUAGCUUGUAUACUGGCCAGCUGUACAAAUCUUCACCCCCACCCAGACCCGUCAACAUAGGAAGCUGGAUGCCCAAGUGACAUGCAAUAUGAAUGACAUUUUUGUGCUAGGAUUGUUUACUUAUAUCUUCUAUCUGGGCUAUACUGUACACACAUCUAUGCAAAGGACUGUGCCAUUGGAGCAUCAUCAUAUUUGAUUGGUUGAUGGCACUGUAUGGCCAAGAUGGUGAUAUAGCUGCAGUCCUCUCUCUUCAAUGUGCCUCUGUAUGGAAGUGCAGUGAUUUCAAUUCUAACUGAACCGUUUUUUUUCUGCUAUGAGGAAUAAUAAAAAGUGAAUGAUG